AUGGAAUACCUCAACGCCCUUCAGUCGCCCGUCGACGACCGCAAACCGUCACUAUUCGAACUGCUCUCCGAGCAACAACUUGCGGCCCUCCUCCCGCCGACACUGCGUUAUCUCCUGGCAGUCGCGACACACCGGUGGCCGCGUUACUUACUGCGUAUCUUGAACAACUACGAUGAGGUGUAUGGCCUCUUGUCCCUCGUCGUCGAGAAGUACUACCUGCAAACCUUCGGCGGCAGUUUCACCGAGAACUUCUAUGGACUGAAGAGGGAGAGAGUGUUAAGUGUAAGAGGCGGCGAGGUCAAAAGGACGCAACUUGCCGUGCCGGCGGAGGUAAGGGAGCGCCUCAAGCUGAGGGGUGCGGACAUCUGGAAGAACCUUGCAGUUCUGGUGGGAAUCCCAUACAUCAAGAGGAAACUUGAUGAAAGCUAUGAUAUACAUAUUGCGCCCAGUGCGGGCCUGCUGAUGGGCGGCGGAGGACUUGGAGGUGUUGAAGGGCGGCGGUACUUGGAUCGCGAUGCCCUACCACCUAAUGCGACCAUUAAGCAGCGGAUCAUGUGGUAUUACAAGUGGUUCUUGCGGAACGUUUAUCCAAGCCUAAACGCGGCCUAUUACUUCAGCAUAUUAGCCUUCAGCCUCGCAUACCUGUUUGAUGGCACAAAAUUCUCCAGCCCGUUUCUCUGGUUGGCUGGCACGAGGAUGCGAAGGAUGGGAGCAGCAGACUACCAGGCCAUCGACGCGGCCAGAGACGCCGCGGACAAAGCUGCCACCUCCAUUGCUGGACGACCUGGACAAGGAUUGAGUGGACUUUUGAACCCACGGACGAUGUACCCGCGGUUGUUGUCCAGCCUGAGGAUCCUUUUACCCACAAGUAUUUUCGCGUUGAAAUUCUUGGAGUGGUGGCAUGCCAGCGACUUUUCGCGACAAUUGAGCAGAAAGGCUGCAGAAGGGCUGGAGUUACCGCCUCCGGUCGUUUCCGGCAUGGAGCUCGCCAAAAAGCUCAAUGUGUAUCAGCGAGCCGCCCAGGGCAAAUCCGCCAAUACAGGAACGAAACGGGCUCCGCCGACAUCCAGUAUCACAUAUCUUCCUAUCUUCACCGUUCCUCCACCGUCAUCUAGCGACCUUUGUCCCAUCUGUCUUCAUCCCAUCUCGACCGCGGCUGCGUGUCAGACUGGCUAUGUGUUCGACUACAAGUGCAUCUUUCAGUGGAUCGAAGGAACACACGAACGGCAAGAAGCUUUCAUGAGGGGAGAGAAGAUGAGUGAGUGGGAAGAUGAUGACGGCGAGGCUGAUGAAGAGGAAAAGCCGCAUGACGCAUCCAAGACGGAGCGAAAGAGUCGUGAAGGAAGCUGGGAGAGCGGGAAGGGAAGGUGUGCUAUCACCGGAAGAAGGGUGCUGGGAGGUACUAGUGGGUUGCGGAGAGUCAUGGUGUGA